GUGAAAAGUGAUUAGUAUUGCAACAAAGGUCGAAAUUAGAUAUAUAUUUUUUUCUCUUGGCCUAUGUGUUGGUGCAAGUGAAUAAUAUAAACUUUGUAUCUCGUUGCUUACUCAGCAAUUGAUAAAUGUGCAAAUUGUUUUUGCAUUUUACGUAAGUUCAACUUGAAAUCGUGCAAAACAACACGCAAGACUAGAAUUCAAAAGGCUAUCGUCAGUGUUCCUCAAUUGAAACAAAUAAAAAAAGUUGUAAUUUAUUUAAAUAUACAAUAGGGGGCAACUUAAAUAAUUUUUAUAAGCAACUGUACUCACUGUACAGUAAUAAUUCACAUAGAAAUACGAACUUAAAAAAAGGACAAUAUAUAGAGCUUAGAACCCUGCAAGGGAUCCUUUUUAUGUGCAACUCUGACAAUGUGCCACAAGUGGCAGUUUAAGAAUCACAAUCUUAACCAUAAAUAUAUCCUCAAGAUAGAGUAAAAUAGAGAACUUGAUAUGGAUUGGUUACUCGCAACUCCACAGUUGCAUAGCGUCUUCUCCUCGCUGGGCUCCCUCCAGGGUGACACCUAUGUGGUCAGCCCCAAUGCAUUGGCCAUUUUGGAGGAGAUUAAUAACAAAUUGACAUACGAGGAUCAAACUUUGCGAACCUUUCGACGGGCCAUUGGAUUUGGCCAAAAUGUUCGAUCCGAUUUGAUACCAUUGUUGGAGAAUGCCAAGGAUGAUGCGGUGUUGGAGUCGGUUAUUCGGAUACUGGUGAAUUUAACGGUGCCGGUGGAAUGUCUCUUCUCAGUGGAUAUCAUGUAUCGGACCGAGGUGGGACGUCACACCAUCUAUGAGCUGAACAAGCUGCUUUAUAGCAGCAAGGAGGCCUUUACCGAUCCCAAGAGCACCAAGAGUGUGCUGGAGUAUAUGAAGCAUUUACUUGAAUCCGAAACAAAAUUAUCGCCACACAAAUGCGAUCAGAUCAACAAUUGCCUGUUGUUGUUGCGUAAUAUACUUCACAUUCCGGAGACCCAUUCGAAUUUCUUGAUGCAGUCGAGUGGCAGCCAACAAAUGUCAAUGCAGAAUACAAUAUUGUGGAACCUCUUCAUCCAGAGCAUUGACAAGUUGAUGCUCUAUCUGAUGUCAUGUCCACAACGUGCGCUUUGGGGUGUGACCAUGGUCCAGUUAAUUGCCUUGAUCUACAAGGAUCAGCAUGUCAGCACAUUGCAGAAAUUGUUGAACCUUUGGUUCGAGGCAUCUCUCUCGGAUAGUUCGGAUGAUAAUGAGAGCAACACAUCGCCACCGAAACAGGGUAGCGGUGAUUCGAGUCCCAUGCUCACCUCGGAUCCCACAUCCGAUGCCUCGGACAAUGGCAGCAGUGGCAAGAAGGAAGGCUGCGAGGAGCGACGUCAGGCGUUGAGGGAAGGCACUGAGGCGACUCUCCAGGAGGUGAGCCGGAAGGGACAUGAGUAUCAGAAUGCCAUGGCCAGGGUGACGGCAAACAAACCCAAUAGAUCUGAGGUAGCCAGCGAUAUUACCGAUUUGCCCGAUUCAUCACAGCAACACAAAUCCUCGGAGGAGGAAAUGGAUGACUUAGUAUACGACGUGCAGGUGCAGGAGCAGGAACACGAACAGAUGUCCACUUCAGAACCUUUAAAUCUUACCCAACCAGCUGACAAUGUCAACAACACUACCAAUGCGGUGUAUCCAUGCACCACAGCCACAGAUACCCGAACCACAGCGUCGUUAGCAACAACGACUUGCUUAAGCUAUGAACCAUUUAAACCACCUGCACCGCUGCCCAGCCGGCGCACCUCCUUGACCGACAAGUUGGCCGAGAGUUAUAACUCACAUUCACAUAGUUCUGCUGUCAAAUUGGGACAAAAGUCACCGCAUGCAGGACAGCUGCAGUUGACCAAGGGCAAAUGUUGUCCUCAAAAACGAGAGUGUCCUUCCACACAGUCGGAACUCUCCGAUUGCGGCUAUGGCACCCAAGUGGAGAACCGAGAGUCCAUCUCCACCUCCAGCAAUGAUGAUGAGGGUCCAGAGGGUAAACCACAGCACCAGAAGCCACCGUGCAACACGAAACCACGCAACAAACAACGCACUUUGGUAAUGCCACUGGACUCGAAGGAACUGCGUCGCAAGAAGCUCGUCAAGCGCAGCAAGAGCAGCCUCAUCAAUAUGAAGGGUCUGGUUCAGCACACACCCACAGAUGAUGACAUUUCGAAUCUGCUCAAGGAAUUCACGGUGGAUUUUCUGCUCAAGGGCUACAACUAUUUGGUGGAUGAACUACACAUGCAACUUAUGUCUAAUACGAAGGUUCCCAUUGAUACCUCGCACUUCUUUUGGCUCGUCACAUACUUUCUGAAAUUUGCUGGUCAACUGGAGCUGGACAUGAAACAUAUUGAUACCAUACUCACCUACGAUGUGCUCAGUUAUCUCACCUAUGAGGGAGUCAGUCUCUGUGAGCAAAUGGAAAUGAAUGCCCGGCAGGAGGGCAAUGAUUUAAAGCCGAACCUUCGCCGGAUGCACCUCGUGGUGACAGCUAUAAGAGAGUUCCUUCAGGCUAUUGAAACGUACAACAAAAUCGCACAUCUCAGCGAGGAUGAUCGUCUGCAUUUGAGACAGCUUCAACUCCAGAUUGGCUCCACAACCGAUCUAAGAUGUUUGUUUGUCCUGUUGCUGCGACGCUUCAAUCCCAGCAUUCAUUCCAAACAGUAUCUACAGGAUUUGGUCGUUACCAACCACAUUCUAAUGCUCAUUCUCGACGGUGCUGCCAAAUUGGAUGGUGGACAGGUCAUUGGUCUAUCGGAGCACAUUUCACAAUUUGCCACUUUGGAGGUGAUGCACUACUAUGGCAUCCUUCUGGAGGAUUUCAAUAACAAUGGCGAGUUUGUUAAUGAUUGCAUCUUUACAAUGAUGCAUCACAUUAGCGGCGAUCUUGGACAAAUUGGUGUGCUCUUCCAGCCUAUUAUACUGAAGACUUUCUCACGCAUCUGGGAGGCCGAAUAUGAACUAUGCGAUGAUUGGUCCGAUCUUAUCGAGUAUGUCAUACACAAGUUUAUGAACACACCCCCCAAAUCUCCGCUAACUAUACCAACCACAUCAUUGACCGAAAUGACCAAGGAACACAAUCAGGAGCACACCAAUUGCACCUGGUCACAGGAGGAUAUUGAUACCCUUUAUUGGUAUUAUGUGCAGGGCAAGAAGAAUAAUGAUGUUAUAGGCAAGAUCGCCAAGCUCUUUAGCAACAAUGGCAAUAAGUUAAAGACACGCAUCACCAUUAUACAGCAGUUGCUGCACCAGGACAUCAUCACUUUGCUGGAGUAUGAUGAUCUGAUGAAGUUUGAGGAUGCGGAAUAUCAGCGCGCGCUGCUGAAAACGCCCUCAUCAGUCACCACAGAGUCGGGCAUUGAGCUCAAGGAAUGCCCCUACGGAAAGCCAUCGGACGAUGUGCAGAUCCUGCUGGACUUGAUCAUUAAGGAGCACAAAUCGCACCACUUGUUGUGGCUACAGAAGCUGCUCGUGGAAUGUUGUUACAUCAAGUUGAUGCUUAAAUGUGACUGCCGUCUGCCUGAGGUGGAUCCCAUAAUGGAGCCGGUGGCAUAUCAUUGCAUCUACAUGCAGAAGUCUAUACCGGUGGUGCAGUGGAACAAUGAUCAGUCGACGACGAUGCUUUAUCAACCAUUUGUGCUGUUGUUGCACAAGUUGGGAAUACAAUUGCCGGCGGAUGCGGGCUCGAUAUUUGCCAGAAUUCCAGAUUAUUGGACGCCAGAGACAAUGUAUGGACUGGCGAAGAGACUGGGAUCGUUGGAUAAACUGACUCUUAAGUUCGAUCCCAGCGAACUGGAGGAUGCCACCUCAUCGGGCGCCUCUUCGCACUAUCGUAAUUCUGGAGCGCGAAAUUCCCUCAGCUCUGUGAGCAGUCUCGAUGUGGAUCCCGUUGAAUCCGAGGAAUUGGCGAUGAUUCCCGAAGUGGAUGCGGCAGUGGAAAAGGCAGCAGAAGUUUUUGCGGUGCCCAGCAUCAAGCAUUGCAAUUCGAUGAUCAGAUAUACGCCGGAUCCAACGCCUCCGGUACCCAAUUGGCUGCAGUUGGUCAUGCGAAGCAAAUGCAAUCAACGAUCGGGUCCAGCAACAGAUUCCAGCGAUUGUAUAAGCACAACUACAAUGACAGCUGAUGACGAGGGGAUCGGCAAAUCGAGUUCCUCAACAUCUCAGGCACCGCACACAACACUGAAUUCGAUAAUUCCGGCUAGUACAUUGGCCUGUCUGACCAAGAUGAGCACCAGCAACUACAUAUCGCAGCACAAUGAGAACAGCAGCAGCUCUGGCUGCGGUGGCACCGUCUCAUCACAGUCGAUGGUGCCAUUGAUGAGCACAAGUGCCGCAGACUCGAAUGCGGAUGCGUUGAUGAAGUCAUCGUUUGAGCGAUUGGAGGUGACUGGUGGACAUUUUACGCGGCUCAAUAACUUGGAUCAGGAAUACAGUGCGAUGGUGGCAGCGGUCUGCGAAAACGAGAUAGCCAACAGCGACAAUGUUUCAGUGGCUUCGGACUUGACCCGCAUGUAUGUCAGCGAUGAGGAUGAGAAGCAUGAGUUCCGUGUGCCAGUGCCGCAUUAUCAUUGAGCAAUCGGAUUGUGUGAGAGACAGAGGCAGACAGAGACAGAAACAGAGAGAGACAGAGGGAGAGAGGAAGAGAGAGGAAGAGAGGGACAGAAACAGACAGAGAGAAAGAGAGACAGAGAUACAUAUUCGAUCGAAUCUUAAGUUGGAGUAAAUCGAUUGCAAAUGAUACAGGUAAUUUGAAUGAUUCGAGUGAAUUUAUUGUUACAGAUAAUUCGAAUGAUUCGCAAAAAAGCAGACAAAGUCAGACUUGAAUCAGAUCUAAAAACCAAUUUAUGGCAGUUCAUUAAAGUACCUUCACUUUUUAAAAUUUUGUAUCUAAUAUUAUACAAAAUCUUCUUAAGACAAAAUUAAAUGUUAAAAAUGUAUUUAAAUUAUCUAGUAUUAAUAUUACUAACCUAGCAUUAAGCAUCAGAGGACAAAAUCUAUAUAUUUUUGAACUCUUAUAUGUUAUAUUUGAAUAUUUUUAAGUGCUAAGGAAAUUACCCAAUAUUUAUUCCAAAACGUUAAAAAAGUGCAUUAUAUUGAUAACAUACAGUUAGCUAUAAGAAACAAAUUUCAAUAAAUAAUGGAGGGUUACAAAUUUGAAUUGAUUUUAAUUAAGUUAGACUUAUAAUGAUACAUAAAUGGGCAGUUCCUGGUUAAAUAGUGCAAAUAUACACAUACACCAUGAUGGAAAUUUUAACAGCAUUGAUGAAAGACAUUGAAAAGAAAAGUAUGUUAGUUAAUGAAAAUAUAUAAAAUAAAUUAUACACAUUAUAUACAUAAAUAUAUUUAUAUUUAUAUAUAUUUAUAUAUAUAUAUUUUAAGGAGCACUUUUGCAUGUAUUGUAACGAUGAACGAUGUCUAUAUCCAGCUGUAAAGCUAUGCUCAGAAAUCUAAACUAAUAAAGCUUUUCUUGUACUCGUA